CUAAACCCUCGCUCAAGUUUUUCCUCUUGAAAAAUGACGGAAGAAGCAAAGCAAGCCGUGAAGGAAGAAGAGGACGACCUUGACGGCCCCAUUUCUGCUCUCAAUCGCAAAUCCUUGAAAAAGAAGGAACCAACAUCCAAGGACGGGUUAGACGACGAUGACGUUCCGCUUGCUUUUUCCAAGGCGAAGAAGAAAAAACCCUCCAAUCCUCCCAGGGUGAAGAAAGAGGAGCCCGUGGAUGAUGAAGACGAGAAGCCUCUGAAGAAAAUGGACGGUCUGAAGAAAAGGCCAUCCCAUUCUCCCAAGGUUGAGAAGUAUGAGCCCGAAGAUGAUGAGGAGGAGAAACCUCUGAAGACAAAAGAAGUUUUAAAGAAAAGUGUGAAAAAGGAAGUUCAUCUGGAUUUUGAAGACGAAGAAGAAUACAAGAAGAAGAGUAAAAAGAGGAAAAGGAACGAAGAAAAGAGGACCCAGGUGAAAGUGAAGAAGGUUGAGGCUUCUCAAGAAAAGGUUAAGAAUGAUAAGAAAGAAAAGAAAGUGUUUGAACUUCCAGGUCAGAAGCAUGACCCACCAGAGAUUAGAGACCCACUGAGGAUUUUCUAUGAAACCCUCUAUGAAAAAGUGCCUACAAGCGAAAUGGCUUCAAUAUGGUUGAUGGAACGGGGAUUGCUUUCUCUAGAGGAGGCUCAGAAGGUAUACGCAAAGAAGCUAAAAAAGAAUCACAAUCAGAAAUUUAGUUCCCCUGCAAAGGUUACUACCCCUGUGAAGAAAUCUUCUACAGUCUUGGUUAAGAAGAAAGUUAAAGUAACCUCCAAAGCAUCGGUGAAAACAACUAAGAAGAAAGUUAUUGAUUCAGAAGAUGAUGACGAAGAUUUCGUCCUUAAUAAAUUGGGCAACAAAACAAAGGUUUCUUGCUGAUAACAGAAAGGUUUGAUUGUAAAUUAUUCCAUCAGUGACAAAUCUCUUUAUUUCAUUUAUCAGUAGUUUGAAUGCUCAAUUAUGGUUUCAUUGAAGGUUUGUUUAGAUCAGCAGCAGUUUGCUCCACUUAUGGGAGAUGCAAUGUGUAUGACAAGCUGAGAUUUGUAGUACUAAAUUUGUAGGAAUUACGUUCCUUUAUGAUGAAAGGAAGAGGAAAUGUAGCAUCAUAGGAUUUAAUGGCUGA